UAUGAAUGUGCAAUUCAUGUAAUUUUGAAUUACAUGUGUGUUCAUGUUUAACUUAACCUCUCUCUAGUAUUCUAAUCCAGAUUUGUUCGUGUUUUCCACAUUGUUUUGCGCUGAAAUUCUUAAAAACGAAUUUAUCGCACAAUGGCUGAUGUUAAUUUGCAAAAUGCCUUCGGCUCCAACUUGAAAAUUGGGUUUAUUGGAGGUGGCAAUAUGGCAAAAGCAAUUUGUGAGGGAAUAGUCAGAGCAGGACUUGUAACUUAUGACAACAUAUGUGUCUCUGGGCCACAUCUUGAGAAUCUCAAAGAUUGGCAGUCUAGGGGAGCAACCAUAACAAGCAAUAAUGGACAAGUUGCUGAAUGGGCUGAAGUUAUUUUUCUCUCUAUCAAACCACACAUCCUGCCUGCAGCAGUUGCUAACAUUUAUGACACUGGUGAUGUCAGCAAGAUAUCCAACAAGUUAUUUGUCAGCAUUUUAGCUGGUGUUAAACUUGAAUCCUUAGAAAAUAUUUUGAAAGAUUUUGAAGGAGCAAGAAUUAUUAGAGUUAUGCCAAACACUCCAAUGAUGGUAGGAGCAGGCUGUACAGUAUAUUGUCCUAGUUCAAAAGCCACCAAUACUGAUCAGGAGAUUGUCAAGAAGAUUCUUGAAGUUUCAGGGGUAUGCAAACUGGUACCAGAGAGUAUGAUUGAUGCAAGUGGGGCUUUGGCAGGAAGUGGACCAGCUUAUGUCUAUUUAAUGAUUGAAGCAAUGUCUGAUGGAGCAGUCCGCAUGGGAGUACCACGUGCAAUGGCGACCGAAUUCGCAGCGCAAACUGUCCUAGGCGCAGCCAAAAUGGUCCUAACCACUGGCAAACAUCCGGGACAACUAAAAGACGAAGUUUGCUCUCCGGGUGGUACAACUAUCACAGGCAUACAUGCUCUGGAACAAGGAGGAGUACGCGCUGCCAUUAUGAAUGCAAUCGAAGCUGCCGCUAAUAAAUCCGCAGAAUUGGGCAGGAAACACUAAUAUCUCUAACAAAAAAAUACUUAUCAUACUAAAUUGUGAGCUUUGAUAUUAUCUGUUGAUAUUUAUUAGUGCUGUUGUUCAAAAAUAAAAUAAAUGUCGUUAAUUGGGGACAA